GCAUGGCGCCACACUCCUCGCGCCGGUAGUGAAUGCAGCGGGGAGAAAUUCAACUGCGUGUUUAGGGCCAGGCAGGCAGAGGAGGUGGUACCUGCACCUUAAAAGAUUCACUGCACAUUUUAACGUUACACCCAACCGGACAAAGAGCGACUGGAGAACAGGAAGGGAGCCUUGAUGUGGGCAGUAUGAGUAAGACGCCCCCUACCAGAAGAGGGAUAUCAUUUGAGGUGGGAGCUCAGCUCGAGGCCAGAGACAGCCUCAAAAACUGGUAUGCUGCCAACAUAGAGAAGAUUGACUACGAAGGUGAAAAAGUACUAAUCCAUUACCGCCAGUGGAGCCACCGCUACGACGAGUGGUUUGACUGGACCAGUCCCUACCUUAGGCCUGUGGAGAGGGUUCAGCUGAGGCGACAGGGCCUGCAGGACGACGCUCCUAUACCUGGCUUUCAUGUGAACGAUAAGGUCCUUGCCAGCUGGUCCGACUGCCGUUUCUACCCCGCUAAGGUCAUUUCAGUCAAUAAAGAUGCAUCCUACACUGUGAAGUUCUAUGAUGGCGUUAUCCAGACAGUGAAGGGAAUACACGUGAAGCCUUUUAUUAAAGAGAGAGGUGGUGUUGGUGGAGGGAAGUCUCGGUCAUCUGAAAGGAACAUGGUUAGGAGGGUCUCAAACCGCAAAGACAGGAAGCCUCAGGAGAACGGAGGUCCCAAGAACAAGCGAGCCAGGCGUAGCACGUCUGACCAGGAGGACGACAGCAACAGCGAAGACGAGGAGCGGGAAGAGGCGAUGGUUGACGAGAAAAACAAGAAAACAAAUGGUGAGGUAGAGGCUGCGCCCACUAUCAAACAGGAAGAGGAAAUAUCAGAGCAAGCAGACCACAAGAAGCCCAGGGAUGCAGAAAAGGGGACAGGACUCACAAAUGGGGUGAAGGUGGAAGAAGACAAUGAGCAAAACGAGGAAAGAUGCCAUGUUAAUGGAGAGGUAAAGAAGGAAGAGGUGGAAUUAGAACAGAGUGAAACAAAGCCAUAUACAGAAUCACCUAAGCCAUACACAGAGUUGCCCGCUCAGACGUCAGCACAGACAGAGCAGGUGUCUGUCACUAUGACAACCACAGAACCCAAUGGAGAUGUGGAGCAGAAGCCAAACGUCCAAUCAGAAAGCCCUCAGCCUGCAGCGGACGUGCCGCCUCCUCAACCUGUGAAACCGGUAAGAAAGCAGGGCUUCCACAACCCCAACAGAUUCAGCAGAGAACCAUUGUACCGAGUCAUCAAAAACCAACCUCCCCCCGUCCUGUCAAUCAACCUGGACCACAACCCAUUUAAGUGCAGCGCUCCCGGCUGCACAAAGUCAUUCCGUAAGGCCAAGCUUCUGCACUACCAUAUGAAAUAUUACCAUGGCGAGGAGCAGCCUGUGGAGGGGGAGCGCAGCCCCACCAGGAGUGUCCAGACCAGGGCCUCUGAGAAACAGGUUACUGCCACCGGUUUGGAUGGCCCAAAGAGAAGACGCACCAUCUCUGCUUCUAUGCACUCAGUUGGAACUGCCGCAGCUCCCCGUGGUGAGGUGAAGACCGCAGGCAGACGAACGUCAGCCCCGCCUGUAGUCAACACACAGGGCCAUCAGCAGAGGGCGCUGCUGAGGGAGAAGAGCAAAGAGAACCAACUGGACAGGAACGGCUGCCAGCAGCAAGACAAGGAUUUAGACAAGAGUUGCUUUGACAUUGGGUCAGUAAAAGACAAACUGAAAGAGAAACCGAAACAGAAGGACUUCCUCCGCAUUAAAUUAAAGAAGAAGAAGAAGAAAAAGAAGGCGAAGUCUGACUACACGGGUAGUGAGGAGAAUAUUGACAUCUCAGUAUUGGGUCUUCAGGCCAAAUUGAAUUUGCCACUCAAAUCCCCCCCCUCACACAAUCACAAGCCUGAGGCCUACCCCAGCAGGCCCGGAUACAGCUGCUCAGAACAGAUACAUGUGGAUGAUGAGGACAGCAUCAGUGACUGGUCCACUGACAGCUGCGGGUGGAGCGACGAUGAGUUUGGGGUGGAUUUGGACGUCACUACGCCUCCCCUGAGUGUGGACUCCGGUGCUGUGGACACAAGUGACCAAGAGAUUGUGCGAUGUAUCUGUGAGGUAGAAGAAGAGAAUGACUUUAUGAUUCAGUGUGAAGACUGUUUGUGCUGGCAACAUGGCACCUGCAUGGGCCUGCUGGAAGACAAUGUUCCAGACAGAUACACCUGCUACAUUUGCAGAGACCCACCAGGUCAGAGGCAGAGUCUGCGUUACUGGUAUGAUCGUGAGUGGUUGAGCAAUGGUCACAUGUAUGGCCUCUCCUUCCUGGAAGAGAACUACUCUCACCAAAAUGCCAAGAAGAUCACCACAACCCACCAGCUGCUGGGAGAUGUGCACCAUGUGGUUGAGAUCCUCAACGGGCUGCAGCUCAAGAUGAGCAUCCUACAGAGCAAUACUCACCCUGACUUGCAGCUGUGGCGGCAGCCCUGGAAGCAUUUGGAGAGGUCAAGGACCGGCUCCGACUCGUUUCGUGGCAGUGAUGCAGCUCCGUCCCCUGUGACUCCUGAUGAGGACAUGAGCCGUGGUGAGAUUUUAAUGUCCAAUGCCCUGGAGAAGCUGAGCCGUGCUACCACCUCGUCUUCGUCCUGCUCUUCCUCCCCCUUUCCGUCCUUCCAGGACUCGUACAUUACCAGUGAACAUUGCUACCAGAAACCACGGGCAUAUUACCCGGCGGUGGAGCAGAGGCUGGUGGUGGAGACCCGACAAGGCUCAGAGCUGGAGGACAGCAUGAGAAGCACAGAGGAACUGUUAGAACGGGAGCAGCGCUACGGAAGCCUGCUGGAGACAGACAAGCCUAAAUCAACAGGCACCAGUAACAAGGCUUCGAUGGGUGGCUCUUGGUCCCAGGCUGAGAUGAGGGAAGAGGAGGGAAGAGGUCCUGGAGAGGCUGCAGACAACAGUAGGCAGCAUCAACAGAGGCAGAUCAACCUGCUGGAUCACAUAGAUGCAGUCCAGGACGAGGUCUCGCACAGGAUGGACUUCAUUGAGAGGGAGCUGGACGUGCUGGAGAGCUGGCUGGACUACACCGGUGAGCUGGAGCCUCCUGAGCCCCUGGCCCGACUGCCUCAGCUCAAACACCGCAUGAAACGGCUGCUGACACAGCUGGGCAAGGUGCAGCAGAUUGCUCUGUACAGCUCCACAUGAGGGCGCCAAAGAACAGCAGUGGCCUCAGUCUCCACACAGCAUGCAGAAAAAGUGCAGCAGAGGAAGCUCACUGGUCUCUGGCUGCAACGAUAAAGAUAUUAAUGCAAGUGCCAGACUUGGAUUGUUCAGCACGUUUUCUCUGACCUGACAUCUGCUGCUGUUUCUCCCUUUGAAAAGGUUCUGUGUGGUGGAAUCCGAUGCUAGCUCCAGCCAGUGUCAUAUGACUAUUUUAUAUGAACAUUUAUGGAAAGUCAGCAUCUUAAAUCAGGAUUAAACACAAAAGUAACCUCGUAAAUGCAGGAGAACAUCCUUAGGACCAGAUUACACUUCUAUGGUUCCCAUGCAACUCUAAACCUUAUGAAUGCCUUUUGUCUGAGCUACUGCUUAAAGGGUAAUUCUGGUAUUUGUAAACCUGAACCCUAUUUUUACGUAUUUUGGGGUCUAAAUGAGUUCUGUUUAUUAAGUUCUGGAAUUGGUCCAGUAGGUCACAGCUGGCACGCACAGCACUAGCUGUGAUGACUGCAACGUAAUCCUAAAGAGUAAGAUCCUUUUUUGUUUAACCAGAAACGGCUGGGGGAGAGAGGGGAUGACAUGCAGCAAAGGGACACAGGUUGGACUCAAACCUGUGCCGCUGCAGUAAGGACUCCUUGGUACAUAGGGCACCAGCUCUAUCGGGUGUUGCACAUUAGUUUGAAUCCGAACUAACUUAAGAGUCAGUUCGUUGUAGAGCUCCAUGUAAGAAACUCUGAGAAGGAGGAACAUUUUUUUUUUUUUUUUAAUUUAAAAAAAGAAUAUAACCAUUUGGAAGAUGUCUUCCACAACCAGAGGUGUCACUUGUGGAGUAUGGUCUCACUCAACUAUGGUAAAAGCCUUUCCAGAGGAAAUAUGCCCAUCGAACUAAUGUGUUAAAACACAAAUCACACAAACUAAAUAACCAAUCGAGGCAGCAGUACAAGUUCUGUGUUCUGCAAGGUGAAAUGAAGUUUUUGUCAAUGGAGUCUGGUGGCUUUGAUCAGAGCGAUACAGUCCCAGAAUGUGUUUCUGGUUAAACAAAAGGAUCUUACUCUUAAACUUCCUUUCCCUACUGUUGUCAGACAUUUUGAAUCAAUCUGAGCCCAUCAGUGGCAGUCGGCUGAUGUGAUCUAGUGGACAAAUUCCAAAACAUCGUGUACAUUUAGUCAUUUGGACACCAAAGUAGGUUUUUAAAAUGUUUAAAGAAAUAGGGCCCGGGUUUAAAAAUAUGGGAACUGCCCUUUGAGGUUGCCUGUUCCCUGUCUCUCUCAGUACACAGUGCUUUACAUGCAGAAGCUUUAUAUUCAAAAUUGCAAUCGAGUUCCUGAACUUACACGGCCUCUUUGCAAUAGUUAUUGAACACGUUUUCAAAUGGUCACCAUUUUUGUGUUUUACCCAAAGUUCUGUUUUGGUUACGUGUCAUGCCAUACUACAUUACACGUCUGUACAAGCAGUCUACAAAUAGUUUGUUCUGUUUUUGACCUACUCAAGGGUUUGUUUUAUACUACACUGUGAAGUUAUUUUUGUCUGGAAUCAAAGGUAUCUUAUUUUCAGUUUUAGACACGACAAGUGUGAUUUCUGCUUUGUCUUAAAACUGUAAUGCUUCUCUCCUAAACAGAGCCCUCACAUCAGCGUACCAGUUUUGAGUUAAUCUAUGUGUUUGUCAGUUACUGUAUCCUUAAUUCAAUUUACUCUUUGCAUUGUUGUUGCUGUAGCACUUGACCUAUGAUUCACUGAAAACUGUAAUGUGGACUUGUCUUUUCUUAACCUAGCAUCUUGUGCUUUGUCAGUGAAGAAUACUACUUAGAAAACUUGUAAAUGUCUUUCUUUUUUGUUUAAUUUGUUUAUUUACAGUGUUUUGGUUUGUAAAUAUGUUAUUCAGAAAUGUGCUCUUCUGUAUUGAGAACAUUCUCCAAAUUCAGAUAUUGUAUGCUACUGUAAGUGUCUGGCUUAGAAGCAGGGAAAUGUCAAAAACAAUGCAAACAGAUUUGCUGGUACAUAAAUAAACUCAUUAUUACUUACUCUGGA